UGCUUAUAUAUUCAAACUUGGAAUUAUUAAUGGGAUUUUGAUGGACCUAUACAACUUUUUCCACAUUCAGUAAAGAAUGAAUUUUUAUCAGUAAGUUUUCUGCAAUAGAAACUUGGACAUGUUCAUGAGUUUUUCAUGGAGCUAUAGAAAAAAGUGAAAUUAAUUACAGAAUAAAAGAGCUAAAGAAUAUUUGCAGGAGAAAAUUUGCUUGAUGGGGUUUCAAGAUUCCAUUUUUUAUCGAAGAUGCUUUUGUUUUGACAUAUCUUUUGUUUAUCGAAUAUUCCAUUUUCCAGUUGUAAUUUUGGUUGAUUUGGUCAGUUUUACUGUGGGUAACUUCUGUAUUUGGAAAAAAGUGAUAGGCUAAGAAAAAACAAUAGUGCCAAAGGAAAGUAGUGUUUGGGUUCUUUCUGAGUCAAGGUUUUUAAAAGUGAAGAUUAGCUUAUUAAAGCUCAUGCUUUAGCAUUGUUUUAUCUUUAUACUUAGGCAAUUUGGAAGCAAUGAUCUUUAACCACAUAAUGUUUAAUCUGUCAUUUAAAAGUAGAAAACUUGUUCAAGGUGGUGAUUGAUUGAACCCUUUUUCAUAAUCUCCAAAUAACAAGUACUUCCCUUUAAGCAUUCAUGGUGUUGAAUGUUGAUAUUGGAAGCCCUCUUUUCUCUUUCAAAGAAUCUUGAAAGAUAGCAUAUGUUGCUUCAUGUCUUGUUUCUUCUUCUACAUUCAUUCUAUCAUUUUGUCAUGUUCCAAGACAGCAUAUGUUGCUAGAGAAAUUUGCCCUUUUUUAAGUAGUAGUAACUCAUUUGGAUAGGUUGGAAGUGUGCAAAAUGAUGAUGACUGGUCAGUUUUAUUACCUCAAAUCUGUAUAGCUAUCCCUGCACAUUAUAAGUUUAUCAUUUGUACCAGAUUGAAUUUCUCAAGAACAUCAAGGUUCAAUAAAUUAUUGAUUCUUCUCUAUACCUCUAAAAACCACCAUGGAAGUCCGUAGAGAUCCAUCAGCUCCCAACUCGUUAGCAGAGCCGGAAUCUUGGCCUUGGAAGCCCAUUGAAUCCCAAUCAUCCAUCUGUGUCGACAGCUCGUAUACCUCAAAGGGUGCGGACAAUCAAGCAGUUGGCGCCAGCAGCGGCUCAUCACACGACCAAUCAGACGAGGAGGACAUUGAGAUAGAAGCUGGUUCCUAUGAUCACAGCACGAACCCCAUUGAUGUCAAACGCAUCAAAAGGAUGGUCUCCAACCGCGAGUCUGCGCGAAGAUCUAGACGAAGGAAGCAAGAACACUUAGCAGAUCUCGAACAACAGGUGGAACAAUUAAGAGGAGAUAGUGCAACUCUGUUCAAACAGCUAGCUGAUGCUACUCAGCAAUUCAAAGAUUCCACGACAAACAACCGCGUGCUCAGAUCAGAUGUUGAGGCUCUACGAGCCAAGGUGAAGCUAGCCGAGGAUAUGGUGGCUCGUGGCUCAUUGACACCGAGCCUGAGCCAUGUUCUCCAAAACUACCUCACCACGCCACAGGACUACAUCAGCAGCAUUCCCGGACUGAUGGGGAGCCGUGCAGAUAAUGGCUCCCCGUAUUCUGGGCUUGAUCAGAAUCCGGGAGACCCGGAGAUGUGGACUUGGGAGGGCCAUCCCAUUUCCAAAUGAAGGUUUAGGGGCUUUUUCCUUACUUGUUUUAUCCAAUUUUAUGCAUCAUGUUUCUUUUCUAGAUUGUGUGUUUUUGGAUGUGUUGUGGUUCUGAAUUCAAUAAUACCUUUACUUGCUUUGUCAAAGGUGAUGUAUAGACUUUUGAUUAA